GAAGCGCGCAUUUCGAAACGAGCUGCGCUACUUUCUCGUGAUGCCUGCAUAGGAUCUAAUAGUUAUGGAAUGUAACACGCCAGUAAAUGGGUUUCGCAAGAGUUUUUCACAUUCUGUUGAACACUGUGGCCCAACUGCGAAACGUCUUUCACUGAAGGCUAUCUCUAAUUUAAAUGGACUCCCUUCAGCCUCACAAAUUUUCCAGGAUUCAUGCCAUAAGCUUCAAAGUGCGACAAGGGCAGUUUUUCUAAGUGAGCCUAUUGAACUGACUUUGGAGGAGCUCUACAGGAAUGUCGAGGAUAUAUGUGCUCAGAAGAUGAUUUUGGAACUGUAUGGAAACCUUAAGGUCCUGUUCAGCGAAUUUGUGGCUGAUCUACACCCUCAGUUUUUGAGGGAAGGUUUUCAACUCAGUGCAGUGGCACACUGUUGGGAGUUGUACUGUAAAAAAAUGCUUCUUAUUAGGAACAUAUUUCUUUUCAUGGACAGGCAACUUCUUCUACUUAAUGCACAAAAUUUGCAAAUUUGGGAUUUAGCUCUGAAGUUAUUCCGAGAAGAUGUAAUCACCCGGGAAAAGGUUCAGUCUCGUCUGCUUUGUCAAAUACUGGAUGAAAUACGUAAAGAGAGAUGCGGAGAAGCUAUCGAUCGACAACUUCUGCGUACUGUUAUUAGGAUGUUGGUAGACUUAAAACUGUAUGAUUCAAUAUUUCUUACUGAAUUUCUGCGCAAAAGCCAACAGUUAUACACUUACGAGGCGGAUUCUUUGGCUAGACAGCUUAGUGUUCCUGAAUACCUACUUCAUGUAGACAAAAGAAUUAUGGAGGAAGAAGAUAGACUUGUUGUGUAUUUGGAUGCCAAUUCAACUCGCCACUUGCUUAUAUCAACACUAGUCUCAGAGCUCUUAACACGUCCAUUAGACUACCUACUAGAUAAUGGUUUAGUCAAUCCCUUGAAAACAAAACAAAUAGCUCAGUUAUCAUUAUUCUAUUCUCUAAUUUCAAGAGUUCCAAAUGGUAUUGAUAAAUUACGGACACAUUUUCGUAACUACAUCAUACAGAUGGGACGCGAAAUAGUAGAGAAUCCAACUCAGGAUGCUGAAAAAGAUCGUGUCAUGAUUCAGAAUUUACUAGAUUCACGGGAUUUUCUUUCGGAAAUCAUUGUAUCAUGCUUCGCUGACGAUUCCAGUUUUAUGCGUGUGUUACAAGAUGCAUAUGAAGAGUUUAUCAACCAACGCCCAAACAAACCGGCUGAAUUCCUAGCUAAGUAUCUUGAUUCGCACCUCAGAUCUGGUAACAAAGCACAAACAGAAGAAGAGUUGGAUAAGUUAAUGGAUAAAGCUAUGAUUUUGUUUCGUUUUAUUGAUGGAAAAGAUAUUUUCGAAGCAUUUUAUACCAAAGAAUUAGCGAAACGUCUUCUUCUCAACAAGAGUGCAUCAGUUGAUGCAGAAAAAGCAAUGUUAUCAAAACUGAAACAGGAAUGUGGUCCUAAUUAUACACGCAAAAUGGAAACUAUGUUUCAAGAUAUUGAACUCAGCAAGCAACUGAGUAAAAAUUUCCGUUUGUCUUUACCUGAUAAUUAUUCAAUCGAAUUGAGCGUUAAUGUUAUCUGUCCAGCGUCUUGGCCACCUUAUCCACAAACAACAGCAAAUUAUCCUCCUGAAAUGCUUUCACUUCGAGAAGAAUUUACGCGCUUCUAUUUAUCUCAUCAUCAAGGUCGAAAAUUGAUCUAUGAACCAUCAUUGGGUACUUGUGUCGUAAGAGCGAAAUUCCCGACGGUGAGUCUUUAUGACUAAAAUUUGAUGGUACAUUUCAGUGAAUAGUAACAUUUAGCUUAAUAAUCUAGCCCCUGCUUUUACUCUGUUAAGUUGUAAACGCUCGAGUUAAGUUCGCUGAUAGUUGCAAAAAACGUGUUACUCUCAGCUUUUAGAAACUCUAUAUAUUUUGUUCUUUUAAACAACUUUAGACUUUCUGCAGCCGGAGCAGAGUUAGAAAGAGAAUGUGCAUACCUUAUUGCGCAAGUCUUGUUCAUCUUUAAAGUCACUUUAACUAUGUCAGCAGCGAAACAUUCUCGGAGGUAUUCUAUGCACUAAUUGUUGUUUAUUAAUUUAGCGUACACGUUUGUACUUCUUUGGGCAGUAUUUUUCUAUCAUUCUAACCGUUGUGUUACUGGAUAGCGUGUCGAUUAGGAUCUAUCCAAAUUUGAAAGCAUGUGUAAAUCAUCAAAUGUGGAAUUGUUUAUUUAGAAAGUGCAAUUCUCUCAAAUUCCGGGGUUUCUCAGCGAAUUCCACUUUAUGUGACUGCUUAGAUAAUAAUGAUUACGUGAUGCGAUACUUAGACUGAAAACAAAACGCGAUUGUUCUCCCUCAGACUUGAUGCUUCACUGAACCGCGGAAAUCAGAAGACCAAGACCGGCCUAUGACUGGAAGGAAGACAGCCUUAUAUAUGGAGAACAGCCAAUCAUUUAUAUACAGUUUUUCCUCAGAAAAUGAAGGUCACAAGUUGGAUAUUCAUUUUCAUUGAUCAGCUGAGAGAUAAAAUUGUUCAAUAGGGUUUUUCCGCCCGCACAGUAACAUGAAACCAAGGUUGAAAUCCCGAAAUUCUACGUUGGCGACCGGUGACCUUGACUACUGAUUUCGAUUUCGACUGCUUUUUAUUACCGCUUCGACCUACAGGAUUAACGGUUUUUUGGUUGAAAGAGAAACAGAUUUUGAAAUAAUGGAGAAUAUUUGUAGCUCAGGUGGAUGGUUUUGGUUGUAUUGUGUUCUCUGAGCUGAGUUGUUUUAUCGUUUUAGUAGGACGAAUGCCAGAAAGCUGGAAACCCAAGUGUACAGGAAGCCAACACACACUGACCAAAUCCUCAACUACAAUAGCAACAAAUCAGUUGUGUGCAGACUCUAUUCAAAAGAGCGAGACCACACUGCAGCACAACAACUUCAAGGAGAAACAAAGAAAAUUACUUGAUGUUCACCCUGAAGAAGAACGGCUGCCCACGGAACUUUAUCAGAAAAUGCCUACCCCGUACAUCACCAACUACAAAGUCAUCGACAGAAAUCAACAAACGCAUCGUCCUACCAUACAUAAAGAAUGUAUCAGAAAUCACGUUAAGAUUGCUGAGACCACUUGUAAUUGGUGUGUCUCACAAACCAACAAAUUCCUUGCAAACACACUAUUAUGCAGAUCAAAGGAUGUAACAAGCAAAGAAGACAAACCGAAAAUCAUUUACAAAAUCAACUGCAAUAACUGUAGUCAACACUAUAUUGGACAAAGUGGCUGCCCUCUUCGUCUUCGUCUACAUGAGCACCAAUUGGCUAUUAAACGCCACGACACUUCGUCACUCAUUUCAAUGCACAUAGAUAAUUAUGGACAUGAAUUCAAUUUCAACAAUGUAGGAAUUUCGGACAGAGGAAACACAAAGAAUGUCAGAGGAUUUCUAGAAGCUUGGCAUUCAGGUCAGUCAGCAAUCAAUCAAUCGAUCUAUCAACC